GCAGUCUCCGUCACGCCCCCUUUUCUCUUGUUUAUCCAAACAGCAUGUUUUUCACGUUUAUGUAUAGAACAACACUAAUAGCGCUCACGAGGUCUGACGAAUAUUGAAAUCACGCUUAGUUUUCCUGUUAUUAAGAAAAUGCCUCAAGGAAAGAUGAAAGUCAAGGCCAAAGUGCCUGAAAAAUACAACAAAAAGAAGUCGCAGAUUAAAGGGCCGGCUGUCACCAAAAGAGCCAAUAGGCCUGAAAAGCCAAAAGUCUCCUCCUUGCAGAAGUUGAAAAACGAGACUAUAAAAAACAUAAACAAAUCAACCGAGGACGAGUUGAGGCAGAAGGCGCUGGACGGCAAGGUGAACCUCGGCAAGGGCAAAAAGCGACCUGCGCCAGGCACCGAAAAAAAGGAGUCGCAGUCAGAGGAGGCGCCGACAAAAAGAUGAAGAAAUCGUGAUUGUAAGGUUUUAUUUAUCGAAUAAUAUACGCAAUUUAUUGAUUUCGCACA